CUGUUUCUAUGGCACCGUACGGCUACCGCUCUGUAAACAACCAAAAUGGAGGAAGACAAGGCAACUGCGGCUUUUGACAAUGUAAUAACAGAGUUUGAAACUUAUGAAGACUUUUUGGACUCGCAAAUCUCACCAAUGGAUUUAUAUUACCUGGAGGAUGAGGAGUUGGCCCGCCAGCUGGUGGAGCUGGGGUACAGGGGAAGCGGAGAGGUACUGAAGAGGGAAGAAUUUGAGGCAAGAAAAGCAGCUGCAGAGGCCUCUAAGCUCUCUAAAAGAAAUCAGCAAAAGACACUGGAAAGUGCAGGAAAGGAGCUGAAAGAUGACUUCCUUAAAGCUCUGGCACAAAGAGAAGAAGCUAACCGCAGUGGGAAAAUGACAUCAAUUAUUUUUCUGAGAGACAGAAAUUCUCAAAAACAGGAGAUAUCUGGGUAUAUCGACUAUGCUCACAGGCUCAAAACAGAAGAUUUUGAACCAUACUUUAGUGGAAGAAAAAAACUAUUUCCAAGACCAACGGAUCUAAGUUUUUUUAACUGGGAAAGUAAAGUUUCUACAUCAAAUCCGAGCCCAAAUUACCAAGUUAUUGCUGAGAACUCGACAUCUGGUCUUCUUUUCAAGAACAAGCGAGACAGAAAAGUCAUAAAUGUGGAUCCAAAGGUACCACCAGGAGAUAAUUCUUCAAGAACACCCAUAAAAACCAGCCUUUAUAUACAAGCAGUCAUCUAUGACCAUGUGACCAGGAGAAAGACCUAGCCUCAUUAUGGGAAGAUCAGUUUAACACUGAAGUUACAAAUAAAAGCUUGAACUAAA